AUGGCCGAUGCCUUGUCCAGGCUUCCCCAGUACAACAGUACCAAAUCAGUGGUGAUUCAUCCCGUCAUCCCAGCUAAACACCUAGCUGCCCUGAUGGUCACCAGGAGCCAGAGAACAGUGAAUUUAGAGGUGCCCACUGAUCUGAUGGAAAAACUGAAGGAAGGUCUCGUGUCUGAUGACUGGUUCAAGCAGCACUCCAAGGAGUGCACUAUGAAAGAUGGUCUUGCGUGGUUUGAAUAUAAGAAAGGCUAUGAACAAGGCAAAGGCAAACUGAUUGGCUUCCAGAGCAUUCAUGAUGACCCCAAAUUAGUCCAUUAUAGGAAUGUGGCCAAGAUGCAGUCAGAGCGGGACUACAAGAAAGGUUAUGAGCAAGGCAAGACUAAAUACAACACUCCAUUUGAUAUGGUGAACGUUGUAGCUGCUAAGAAAGCCCAAGAAAUUAUCAGCGACACCAAUUACAGGAAUCUCCUACACAAUUAUACAUUAUUGCCAGAUGAUAUUAGUGUGGAGCGAGCGAAAAACAUGAUGCAGAUUCAGAGUGAUAAUCUUUACAAGUCAGAUUUUACUGGCUGGAUGAAAGGCAUUGGGUGGAUCCCAAUUGGUUCUCUUGAAGCGGAGAAAUCUAGAAAAGCAGGAGAGGCUCUAAGUGAGAAGAAGUACAGACAGCAUCCAGACACUAUUAAAUUUACAAGUAUUGUGGAUUCUCCCGUCAUGGUCCAGGCUAAGCAGAAUGCACUUCAGCUCAGUGAUAUUUUAUACAAAUCCUCUGGGGAAGAAAUGAAGCAUACAUAUAAUUUGCCUGCAGAUGCCCCUCAGUUUAUCCAGGCCAAAUAUAAUGCAGCUAACAUUAGUGAUAAUUAUUAUAAAUAUGCCUAUCAAGAUCUCAUAGCCAAAGGACCCAAUGUACUAGGUGAUUCCAUUCCAAUUACUCAUGCCAAGGCCUCAAGAAACAUUGCUAGUGAUUACAAAUACAAAGAAGCUUAUGAAAAGACUAAAGGAAAACAGGUUGGUUUCCGAAACUUGCAAGACGCUCCUAUGCUUGUCCAUUCCAUGAAUGUGGCCAAGAUGCAGUCUGGGCGUGAGUACAGGAAGGAUUAUGAGAAAAGCAAGACAUGCUAUCACACACCAGUGGAGAUGUUCAGUAUCCAAGCUGCCAAGCAGGCUCAGGAUGUAGCCUCCAAUGUCAACUACAAACACCUGAUCCAUCGCUAUACCUACCUGCCAGAUGCUAUGAAUGUGGAGCUGGCCAAGAACAGGAUGCAAAUUCAGAGUGAUAUUGCUUACAAAGAUGACUACAACAACUGGUUAAGAGGUGUGGGGUGGAGUCCCUUGGGCUCCCUGGAUAUGGAAAAAGUUAGAAAAGCUGGCGAGGCAAUAUCUGAAUCUAAAUAUCGCCAGCACCCAGACAAACUCAAGUUUACAAGUUUGAUGGAUGCUAUACCGAUGGUUUUGGCUCAACAGAAUACCAAACAGCUGAGUGAUAUAAACUAUAAAAUAGAAGGUGAGAAAGUGAAGCACAAGUAUCAUUUGGAUCCAGAUGUACCUGCAUUUAUUCAAGCAAAAGUCAAUGCCUACAAUAUAAGUGAUAAUUUCUACAAAGCAGAUUGGAAGAAGCGGCUUGCUGAAGGCUGUGACCUGAAAGCAGAUGCUAUUCCUAUUGUGGCUGCGAAAGCUUCACGUAACAUUGCCAGUGAUUACAAAUACAAGGAAUCCUAUGAGAAAGAAAAAGGAAAGCAAAUUGGCUUCCUUAGCCUGCAAGAUGAUCCUAAAUUGGUCCAUUAUAUGAAAGUGGCAAAACUACAAUCAGAACGUGAAUACAAGAAAGGCUAUGAAAGCAGCAAAACUAGAUAUAAUUUGCCUCUAGACCUGUUCAGUGUAGUGGCCGCUAAGAAAGCCCAAGAAGUUGUGACUGACACAAACUACAAGCAACCUCUGCACAAUUACACUCUUCUUCCUGAUGCCAUGAGUAUGGAAUUGUCAAGAAACAGGAUGCAGAUUCAGAGUGAUAAUCUUUACAAAACUGACUUUAAUAGCUGGCUGAAGGGAUUAGGCUGGGUGCCAAUUCAAUCUCUGGGGGCGGAAAAUGCAAAGAAUGCCACUCAGAUUCUCAGCGAAAAGAAAUAUCGUCAGCACCCAGACAAACUGAAGUAUACCAUUGACAUGGAUGCCAUGGAACAGGUGUUGGCUAAACAAAAUGCCCAUACCAUGGAUAAGAGGCUGUAUACAGAAAAAUGGAACAAAGACAAGACUGACAUCCAUGUAAUGCCUGAUACACCAGAAAUACUCCUGUCCAGAGCCAACCAAAUCACCAUGAGUGAUAAAAUAUAUAGGUCUGGCUGGGAAGAGGAGAAGAAGAAAGGGUAUGAUCUACGAGCAGAUGCUCUGUCCAUAAAAGCAGCUAAAGCUUCCAGGGAUAUUGCAAGUGAUUACAAAUACAAAUUGGCCUUUGAACAAUUGAAAGGAAAGCAGAUCGGCUUCCGUAACGUAAAAGAUGACCCUAAGCUUGUGCACUAUAUGGAAGUUGCCAAGAUGCAAUCAGAGCGUGAAUACAAAAAGGACUAUGAAAAAUCAAAGACUCGGUUCCACACUCCUGUCAACAUGUUCAGUGUUGUGGCAGCCAAGAAGGCACAGGAAGUGGCCACUGAUAUCAACUACCGGAAUAUUAUCCACACUUACAGCGCUUUGCCUGAUUCUAUGAACCUUGAAUUGGCCAAAAAUAUGAUGCAGAUCCAGAGUAACAAUCAGUACAAAGCAGACUAUGAUGAAUUCAUGAAAGGGAUUGGAUGGAUACCGCUAGGAUCUCUAGAAGCUGAAAAGAAUAGGAAAGCCAUGGACAUUGUCAGUGAAAAGAAAUACAGACAACAUCCAGACAAAUUGAAAUAUUCUAUUCUAAUGGAUUCUAUGCCAAUGGUUCUGGCGACAAGUAAUGCAAAAAUAAUGGAUGAUCACCUUUACAAAAAGGACUGGGAAGCAGAAAAGACAAAGAUUCAUAUCACGUCAGAUAUUCCUGAGAUUCUUUUGGCAAAAGUCAAUGCGUAUAACAUCAGUAAUAAAAUAUAUAAACAUUCUAUGGAAGAAGCUAAGCAGAAAGGCUAUGAUCUCAGAAGUGAUGCAAUCCCUAUUAAAGCUGCUAAAGCUUCUCGGGAGAUUGCCAGUGAUUACAAAUAUAAAUUAGGUUAUGAACAGGACAAGGGUAAGCUUGUUGGCUUCCGCAGCCUCCAAGAUGACCCCAAGCUUGUUCAUUUCAUGCAAGUGGCCAAGAUGCAGUCAGAUCGCGAGUACAAGAAAGCCUAUGAAAGCAGCAAAACAAGAUACAACACGCCUGCUGAUACCAUCAGCAUUUUGGCUGCCAAAGAAGCACAAGGCAAUAUUACCAAUAUCAAUUACAAAAGGCUCAUCCAUAAAUAUAUCCUUCUGCCGGAUGCCAUAAAUGUAGAACUGGCCAGAAACAUGAAUCGGAUUCAAAGUGAUCAUGAAUAUAAGCAAGAUUAUAAUGAGUGGUAUAAAGGUCUUGGUUGGAGCCCUGCUGGGUCAUUGGAUAUUGAGAAGUCCAAGAAAGCCACUGAGAUUGCUAGUGACAUCAAAUAUCGCCAGCACCCAAGUGUUUUCCCAUUUAAGAAGCUGACUGAUUCAAUGGAUAUGGAACUUGCCAAGCACAAUGCUGAUGUUAUGAAUAAGCGUGCAUACAUAAAUGCAUGGGAGAAAGAUAAGACAACGAUUCAUGUCAUGCCAGAUACACCAGACAUUAUGCUGGCUAAAGCAAAUAGGUUUAAUUACAGCCAGAAACUGUACAAACUUGGAUGGGAAGAAAUGUUGAAGAAGGGUUAUGAUCUCACUACUGAAGCCAUAUCAGUGAAAGCAGCUAAAGCAUCAAGAGACAUUGCUAGUGAUUACAAGUACAAAGACGGCUAUCGCAAGCAACUCGGCCAUCAUAUUGGAGCUCGUAGUAUAGAAGACGAUCCCAAAAUGUUGCAUUCUAUAAAUGUGGCCAAGAUGCAGAGUGAGAGGGAAUACAAGAAAGUUUUUGAGAAAUUGAAGACCAAGUAUAGCACUCCUGUGGAUAUGCUGUCAGUCUUGGGGGCAAAGAAUUGCCAGAAGUUGGUCAGUGAUAUCGAUUACCGUAAUUAUUUGCACCAGUGGACAUGCCUCCCAGACCAAAAUGAUGUCAUCCAUGCCAAGAAGACCUAUGAACUACAGAGUGAUAUUGCAUAUAAAUCUGAUCUCGAAUGGCUUAAAGGCAUUGGAUGGAAUGCAUUAGGAUCACUCGAGUCGGAAAAGAACAAGAAAGCUUCUGAGAUUCUAAGUGAAAGAACUUAUCGUCAGCAUCCAGACACAAUUAAAUUCACAAGCAUCCCUGAUUCAAUGGAAGUUGUUCUGGCAAAAGAAAACUCAAAACAUAGAAGUGAUAGACUUUAUCGAGAAGCUUGGGACAAAGAUAAGACUCAGAUUCAUAUCAUGCCUGACACUCCUGAGAUUAUGUUGUCCAGAAUCAACUUAGUUAACUUGAGUAAUAAACUCUACAAAUUAGGAUUGGAAGAAUUGACAAGGAAAGGCUAUGAUCUUCCACUUGAUGCCAUAUCAAUCAAGGCAGCAAAAGCAUCUAGAGAAAUUGCCAGUGAAUACAAAUACAAAGAGGCAUACCGUAAGCAGCUUGGUCACCACAUUGGAGCUCGUAGUAUAGAAGAUGAUCCUAAAAUGUUGCAUUCUAUAAAUGUAGCCAAGAUGCAGAGUGAGAGGGAAUAUAAGAAAGUUUUUGAGAAGCUGAAGACCAAAUAUAGCAGUCCUGUGGAUAUGCUGUCAGUCUUGGGAGCAAAGAAUUGCCAGAAACUGGUCAGCGAUAUCGAUUACCGUAAUUAUUUGCACCAGUGGACAUGCCUCCCAGAUCAAAAUGAUGUCAUCCAUGCCAGGAAAACGUAUGAUCUUCAAAGUGAUAUUAAUUAUAAAUCAGACCUUGAGUGGCUCAGAGGUGUUGGCUGGUCUCCUAGUGGUUCUCUGGAAGCCGAGAAGAAUAAGAGAGCUUCUGAGAUCUUGAGUGACCAUAGAUAUAGGCAGCACCCUGACACUUUUGCUUUUACCAGCCCUAUUGAUUCCUUACCUAUGGCUUUGGCAAAACAUAACUCUGAAAUUAUGAAUCAGCGUACAUAUGUUGAUGCUUGGAAUAAAGAUAAAACCAGCAUUCAUAUUAUGCCUGAUACACCUGAAAUUCUACUGUCACAACAGAACAAAAUCAACUACAGUGAUAAACUGUACAAACUGUCAUUGGAAGAGGCCAAGAAGAAAGGGUGUGAUCUUCGGAUAGAUGCAAUUCCUAUCAAGGCUGCUAAAGCAUCCAGAGAUAUUGCAAGUGAGUACAAAUACAAAGAAGGUUAUCGCAAGCAACUCGGCCAUCAUAUUGGAGCUCGUAGUAUAGAAGACGAUCCCAAAAUGUUGCAUUCUAUAAAUGUGGCCAAGAUGCAGAGUGAGAGGGAAUACAAGAAAGUUUUUGAGAAGCUGAAGACCAAAUACAGCAGUCCUGUAGAUAUGCUGUCAGUCUUGGGAGCAAAGAAUUGCCAGAAGCUAGUCAGCGAUAUUGACUACCGUAAUUAUUUGCACCAAUGGACAUGCCUCCCAGACCAAAAUGAUGUCAUCCAUGCCAGGAAGGCCUAUGAACUGCAGAGUGACAAUUACUACAAGACUGAUCUUCAAUGGUUGAAAGGCAUUGGGUGGGUCCCUAUUGGUUCCUUGGAGAAUGAAAAAGUCAAGAAAGCUGGAGAAAUCCUAAGUGAAAAGUUGUAUCGUCAGCCUCCAGACAAAUUCAAGUUUACGAGUGUGACAGAUUCUCUAGAAAUACUUUUGGCCAAGCAUAAUGCAGAAAAUAUGAAUAAGCGAUUGUACACUGAAGCUUGGAAUAAAGACAAGACAGAAAUUCACAUAAUGCCUGAUACCCCUGAAAUCACUUUAGCAAGACAGAACAAGAUCAACUACAGUGAGAGUUUAUAUAAACUUUCCUUGGAAGAGGCAAAGAAGAAGGGGUACGACUUGCGAAUCGAUGCAAUUUCAAUUCAGGCUGCCAAGGCAUCCAGAAUUAUUGCUAGUGAUUAUAAAUACAAAGAAGGUUAUCGCAAGCAACUGGGCCAUCACAUUGGGGCUCGUAGUGUGGAAGAUGAUCCUAAAAUGUUGCAUUCUAUAAAUGUAGCCAAGAUGCAAAGUGAGAGGGAAUACAAGAAAGACUUUGAGACAGGGAAGACCAAAUAUAGCACCCCUGUGGAUACGUUGUCGAUCUUGGGGGCCAAGAAUUGCCAGAAACUGGUCAGCGAGAUUGAUUAUCGCAAUUACUUGCACCAGUGGACAUGUCUACCAGACCAGAAUGAUGUCAUCCAUGCUAGGAAAGUUUAUGAUUUGCAGAGCGAUAAUUGCUACAAAACAGACCUUGAGUGGAUAAAAGGCAUCGGCUGGGUCCCUAUUGGUUCACUGGAUGUUGAGCGUGCUAAGAAAGCAGGAGAGAUCCUGAGUGAAAAGACGUACCGUCAACCUCCAGAGAAUUUCAAAUUCACCAGUGUGACAGAUUCUCUAGAAAUGGAAUUGGCCAGGCAUAAUGCUGAAACCAUGAACAAGAGGCUGUAUACUAAAGCUUGGGAUAGUGAUAAACUCACAAUCCAUGUUAUGCCUGAUACGCCGGAAAUUGUCCUCGCGAAGUCCAACAAAUUAAACUAUAGCCAGAAAUUGUACCGAUUGGCCAUGGAGGAUGCAAAGAAGGAUGGCUAUGACCUGCGUCUUGAUGCCAUCCCAAUUCAAGCUGCCAAGGCUUCAAGAGCUAUUGCCAGUGAUUACAAAUACAAAGAGGCAUACCGUAAGCAGCUUGGUCACCACAUUGGAGCUCGUAGUAUAGAAGAUGAUCCUAAAAUGUUGCAUUCUAUAAAUGUAGCCAAGAUGCAGAGUGAGAGGGAAUACAAGAAAGUUUUUGAGAAGCUGAAGACCAAAUACAGCAGUCCUGUAGAUAUGCUGUCAGUCUUGGGAGCAAAGAAUUGCCAGAAACUGGUCAGCGAUAUUGAUUACCGUAAUUAUUUGCACCAGUGGACAUGCCUCCCAGAUCAAAAUGAUGUCAUCCACGCUAGAAAAGCUUAUGAUCUGCAGAGUGAUAAUUGCUACAAACUGGACCUUGAGUGGAUGAAAGGUAUCGGCUGGGUCCCUAUUGGUUCACUGGAUGUUGAGCGUGCUAAGAAAGCAGGAGAGAUCCUGAGUGAAAAGACGUACCGUCAACCUCCAGAAAAUUUCAAAUUCACCAGUGUGACAGAUUCUCUAGAAAUGGAAUUGGCCAGGCAUAAUGCUGAAACCAUGAACAAGAGGCUGUAUACUGAAGCUUGGGAUACUGAUAAACGCACAAUCCAUGUCAUGCCUGAUACGCCAGAAAUCGUUCUAGCGAAGUUCAAUAAAUUGAACUAUAGUCAGAAAUUGUACCGAUUGGCCAUGGAGGAUGCAAAGAAGGAUGGCUAUGACCUGCGUCUUGAUGCCAUUCCAAUUCAAGCUGCCAAGGCUUCAAGAGCUAUUGCCAGUGAUUACAAAUACAAAGAAGGUUAUCGCAAGCAACUGGGCCAUCACAUUGGAGCUCGUAGUGUGGAAGACGAUCCUAAAAUCUUGCAUUCUAUAAAUGUAGCCAAGAUGCAGAGUGAGAGGGAAUAUAAGAAAGUCUUUGAGAAACUGAAGACCAAAUAUAGCAGUCCUGUGGAUAUGCUGUCAGUCUUGGGAGCAAAGAAUUGCCAGAAACUGGUCAGCGAUAUUGAUUAUCGUAACUACCUACAUGAAUGGACAUGUCUGCCAGAUCAGAAUGAUGUAAUCCAAGCUAGGAAAGCUUAUGAUCUGCAGAGUGAUGCUCUUUACAAGUCAGAUCUAGAAUGGCUGAAAGGCAUUGGCUGGGUGCCUCUUGGUUCACUGAAUGUUGAACAUGUCAAGAGAGCUGGAGAAAUCCUAAGUGAAAACAAAUAUCGGCAACCACCUAAUCAAAUAAAAUUUACCUGUAUCACAGAUGCUUGGGAUGUAGAAUUAGCAAAGCAUAAUGCUGAGAUGAUGAGUAAGCGAUUAUAUACUGAAGCAUGGGAUACUGAUAAAAUCAAAAUCAAUGUCAUGCCAGAUACCCCAGAAAUUCUGCUGGCCAAGGCAAAUGCUGCAAAUAUGAGCCAUAAACUUUAUGUCCAAGGAUGGGAGGAUACUAAGCAGAAAGGUUACGACCUGAGAACUGAUGCUAUUCCAAUUAAAGCGGCAAAAGCUUCAAGGGAUAUUGCUAGUGAUUAUAAAUACAAAGAAGCCCAUGAAAAGCAAAAAGGGCAUUAUGUUGGGGUUCAAAAAAUGGAAGAUGAUCCCAAGUUGGUAUGGUUUGCCCAUGCAGGCAAGAUUCUGAGUGAUCUGGAGUACAAGAAGAACUUUGAAAAAUGUAAAGCAAAGAUCCACUGUCCUGUUGAUAUGCUAUCAAUCUUAGAUGCUAAGAAUUGUCAGAAGUUGGUUAGUGAAGUGGACUAUCGCAAACAUUUGCACGAAUGGACUUGCCUGCCAGACCAGAAUGAUGUUAUUCAAGCAAAGAAAGCAUAUGACCUCCAGAGUGAUAAUGUGUAUAAGGCAGACUUGGAAUGGCUGCGUGGAAUUGGCUGGAUUCCAGAAGGCUCUGUGGAAGUCCAACGAGUGAAGAAUGCCCAGGAUCUGAUGCGUGAAAGACUGUACCGGCAGCGGCCAGAUUCUCUGAAAUUCACAGCUAUUGUUGAUUCCCCGGAAGUUGUCCUGGCUAAGGCCAAUGCUUUGAUGCAGAGUGGGGCUUUAUAUCGUGAAGUUUGGGAUAAAGAAAAAACACAGUACACGCUUCCAAUUGACAUUCCUGAGAUUGUUCUGUCCAAAGCAAAUGCUGUGAACUACAGUAAAAAACAUUAUCAACUUGGAUUAGAGGAGAUGAAAAAGAAAGGCCACGACUUAAGAUUGGAUGCUAUUGAAAUCCAGCAUGCCAAGUCUUCUAGGAAUAUUGCUAGUGAGUACAAGUACAAAGAAGGCUACCGUAAGCAAGUGGGACACCACAUUGGAUGCCGGGAUAUCCACGAUGAUCCCAAACUAGUGUUGGCAAUGCAUGUAGCCAAACUGCAGAGUGAAAGGGAGUACAAGAAAUAUUUUGAGAAGUUUAAAACCAAGUUCAAUAGUCCAGUGGACAUGCUGUCCAUCUUGUUGGCCAAGAAAUGUCAGAAGUUGGUUAGUGACAUUGAUUAUCGCCGCUAUCUCCAUGAAUGGAUAUGUUUGCCUGACCAGAAUGAUGUCAUCCAAGCCAAGAAAGCCUAUGAGUUACAGAGUGAUAAUCUUUACAAGUCAGAUCUGGAAUGGCUGCGUGGGAUUGGCUGGAUGCCGGAAGGCUCUGUUGAUGUGGUCAGAGUGAAAAAGGCUCAAGAUCUUGUGAAUGACAGGUUGUACAAACAACGCCCAGAUGCACUGAAAUUUACCUGUAUACCUGACCCACCUCCAGUCAUCCUGGCUAAGAUCAAUGCUCAACAGAUCAGUGAGAAAUUGUAUCGUGAAGCGUGGGAUAAUGAGAAGACACAGAUUAAUAUUCCUCUUGAUAUCCCUGAAAUACUGCUCUCCAAGAUGAAUGCUGUGAAUGUUAGCCAUAAACAUUAUACUGGAGCCUGGGAUGAAGCCAAAGCAAAAGGUUAUGACUUUAAAGUGGAUGCUCUUUCAUUCAAACAUGCAAAAUCUUCCAGAGAAAUUGCCAGUGAGUAUAAAUACAAACAAACUUAUGAGAAACAGAAAGGUCAUUACAUUGGAACCCCAUCAGUCAAGGAGGAUCCUAAGCUUUCAUGGGCUGCUCGGGUAAUGAAGAUGCAAAAUGACCGUCUCUAUAAGCAAGCGUACCACAAUUCAAAAGCCAAGAUCACCAUCCCCUACGAAAUGGUGGCUAUCCAGGCAGCCAAACAAGGGCAGGCUAUAGCCAGCGACAUUGAUUAUCAUCGUUAUCUGCACCAGUGGUCUUGUCUGCCAGAUCAGAACGAUGUGAUCCAAGCAAAGAAAGCCUAUGAACUUCAGAGUGAUAACUUGUAUAAAGCUGAUCUGGAAUGGCUCCGUGGGAUUGGAUGGAUGCCGGAAGGCUCUGUGGAUGUGGUCAGAGUGAAAAGGGCACAAGAUCUUGUGAAUGAGAGGUUAUACAAACUACGCCCAGACGCUCUGAAAUUUACCAGUAUACCUGACCCACCCCCAGUUGUCCUGGCUAAGGUCAAUGCUCAACAGAUCAGUGAGAAACUGUAUCGUGAAGCAUGGGAUAAUGAGAAGGCACAGAUUAAUAUUCCUCUCGAUACCCCUGAAAUACUGCUCUCCAAGAUGAAUGCUGUGAAUGUUAGCCAUAAACAUUAUACUGGAGCCUGGGAUGAAGCCAAAGCAAAAGGCUAUGACUUUAAAGUUGAUGCUCUUUCAUUCAAGCAUGCAAAAACUUCCAGAGAAAUUGCCAGUGAGUAUAAAUACAAACAAACUUACGAGAGACAGAAAGGNAGUUCAAAAGCCAAGAUCACCAUCCCCUACGAAAUGGUGGCUAUCCAGGCAGCCAAACAAGGGCAGGCUAUAGCCAGUGACAUUGAUUACCAUCGUUAUCUGCACCAGUGGUCUUGUCUGCCAGAUCAGAACGAUGUGAUCCAAGCAAAGAAAGCUUAUGAACUUCAGAGUGAUAAUUUGUAUAAAUCUGAUCUGGAAUGGCUCCGUGGGAUUGGAUGGAUGCCAGAAGGCUCUGUGGAUGUGGUCAGAGUGAAAAGGGCUCAAGAUCUCGUGAAUGAGAGGUUGUACAAACUGCGUCCAGACGCUCUGAAAUUUACCAGUAUACCUGACCCACCCCCGGUUGUCCUGGCUAAGGUCAAUGCACAACAGAUCAGUGAGAACCUGUAUCGUGAAGCGUGGGAUAAAGAGAAGGCACAGAUUAAUAUUCCUCUCGAUACCCCUUCAAUGCUGCUCUCCAAGAUGAAUGCUGUGAAUGUUAGCAAUAAACAUUACACUGGAGCCUGGGAUGAUGCCAAAGCAAAAGGUUAUGACUUUAAAGUGGAUGCUCUUUCAUUCAAGCAUGCAAAAUCUUCCAGAGAAAUUGCCAGUGAGUAUAAAUACAAACAAACUUAUGAGAGACAGAAAGGUCAUUACAUUGGAACCCCAUCAGUCAAGGAGGAUCCUAAGCUUUCAUGGGCUGCUCGGGUAAUGAAGAUGCAAAAUGACCGUCUCUAUAAGCAAGCGUACCAUAGUUCAAAAGCCAAGAUCACCAUCCCCUACGAAAUGGUGGCUAUCCAGGCAGCCAAACAAGGGCAGGCUUUAGCCAGCGACAUUGAUUACCAUCGUUAUCUGCACCAGUGGUCUUGUCUGCCGGAUCAGAAUGAUGUGAUCCAAGCAAAGAAAGCAUAUGAACUUCAGAGUGAUGCUGUGUAUAAGUCAGAUCUAGAAUGGCUCCGUGGGAUUGGAUGGAUGCCAAGUGGGUCUCCAAUAGUGAACAGAGUUAAAUUUGCCCAGGAAAUCCUGAGUGACAAUGUAUACCGCACUCCUGCUGACCGUCUGAAGUUCACCAACAUUGUUGACACACCGGACGUUCUCCUUGCUAAAACCAACGCGGCACAAAUCAGUAUUCCUAAAUACCGAGAAGUUUGGGAUAAAGAUAAAGUUAUGAUCCAUGUGAUGCCUGAUACACCUGAAAUAAUGCUUUCCAAGGCCAAUUCCAUCAACGUAAGCAAAAAACUCUAUAGGGACGCUUGGGACGAUGUAAAGAAAUACAUUGAUUACAGGUCAGAUGCAAUUCCAAUCAGAACAGCCAAAGCCUCAAGACAAAUUGCCAGUGAUUACAAGUACAAAGAAGGUUAUCGUAAGCAAGUGGGACACCACGUUGGAUUCCGAAAUAUCCAUGAUGAUCCCAAGCUAGUCCUGGCGAUGCGUGUAGCCAAAUUGCAGAGUGAGAGGGAGUACAAGAAAUAUUUUGAGAAGUUUAAAACCAAGUUUAAUAGUCCAGUGGAUAUGCUGUCCAUCUUGUUGGCCAAGAAAUGUCAGAAGUUGGUUAGUGACAUUGAUUAUCGCCGGUACCUACAUGAAUGGAUAUGUUUGCCUGACCAGAAUGAUGUCAUCCAAGCCAAGAAAGCCUAUGAGUUACAGAGUGAUGCUGUUUAUAAAUCUGACUUAGAAUGGUUACGAGGAAUUGGCUGGAUGCCAAGUGAUUCUGUCUCGGUCAACCAUGUCAAACAUGCUCAGGCCCUUAUUAACGAGAGGUUAUAUCGUACCAAAGCUGAUAAACUGCCAUUCACUCCGGUGGCUGACAGGGUUGAUUAUAUCACAGCCAAACAAGGUGGAGAAAUACUAAGCGAUGUCAAAUACCACGAGGAAUGGAAUAACAUCAAAGCCAUUUAUACACUAACAGAUACACCUCGGUUGCAAGCAGUUAAAGAAGCAGCUAGGAUUCUUAAUGAGCAUCUGUACAAGGACAGCUGGGAGAAACAUAAAGCUACUGGCUUCACUUUGCCUCCUGACAGUGUGCCGUUUCGUCAUGCCAAGCAUUCUGAUAACGUCCAAAGUGAGCUAAAAUAUAAGGCGGAUUACGUCAUCCAAAGAGGCCACUAUGUUGGGGUCAAUAAUAUGAGAGAGGAUCCAAAGCUGGUGUGGUUUGAGCAUGCUGGCAAGAUUCAGAAUGACAGGUUAUACAAAGAAUCCUAUCACAAAACAAAGUCCCAUGUUCACAUACCCCCAGAUAUACGCUCGGUGAUUGCAGCCAAAGACUGCCAGCACCUUGUCAGUGAAAUUCCAUAUCGUCAUUACCUUCAUGAAUGGACGUGUCACCCUGACCAAAAUGACUGCAUCCAGGCAAAGAAAGCCUAUGACCUUCAAAGUGAUAACCUUUAUAAAUCUGAUCUUGAAUGGCUCCGUGGCUGUGGUUGGAUUCCAUUAGAUUCGGUGGAUCAUCGGAGAGUAAAGAAUGCUCAGGAAUUAAUAAACAAGAGAAUCUACACAAAGGAAGCCAUUGAUAAUUUUGACCAUUUCACAUCCGUUGAAGACACUCCAGAUGUGGUUUUGGCAAAGGCAAACUCAAUCAUGCAGAGUGACCUGAAAUAUAAAGAAACCUUUAACCUUCAAAAAGGUCACUACAUCGGUUCUGAUGACACACCAGCCUUAAGUCAUUCUAGACAGAUGAUAAAACUCUACAGCGAUUACGUGUACAAGGAUGCUUGGGAAUCAAAGAAGGCUUAUGGUUAUACUUUGCCUCCAGACUACAUCCCAAUUGUUGGUGCCAAACAUGCUGAUUAUAUUAACAGCCAGCUCAAAUAUAAAGCAAUAUACGAGAAGCUAAAGGGCCAUUAUCUGGCGGGGAAACAUAAAAAAGAUUUCCCAAGUGUGCUCCAUUGUCUUGCUUUCCAAAAAAUGCGGAGUGCGUUGGCUUACAGGAAAAAUUAUGAAGACACCAAGGCACACAUUCAUAUUCCAAGUGACAUGAUCAACCAUGUGCUGGCUAAGAAAUGUCAGUAUAUCCUGAGUGACCUUGAAUACCGAACCCACUUGCACCAGUGGAACUGUUCCCCUGAAGAGAAUGAUGUGGUGGUGGCUAGAAAGGCUCAGGAGAUUCUGAGUGAUGUGCUAUACAAAGAUGAUUUGACAUGGCUGAAGGGAAUUGGAUGCUACGUGUGGGACACUCCUCAAAUCCUGCAUGCCAAGAAGUCCUAUGACCUUCAGAGUCAACUGAAAUACACAAAACAAGGGAAGGACAAUUUACCGAACUAUGGUGUGGUUAUGGACACUCCAGUUUAUGUAACUGCCGUUCAGAGUGGUCACAAUGCUAGUGAGCUGAGAUAUAAAGAACAAUACCAUAAAACAAAGGACAAAUAUACCACAGUAUUGAAAACAGCAGAUCAUGACAGGAUCCAGAAUCUCAAGCACCUCUUUAGUAAUCGUUUAUACAGAGAUGUCUAUGAAAAGAACAAGGCUAAAAUCCAUAUUGCACCAGACAUGGUGGGCAUUGUGACAGCUAAGAAAACACAGAAGAAAAUCAGUGAAGUUGAUUAUCGUGUCCAUCUCCAUCAGUGGGCUAGUAUUCCAGAUCCUCAUGCCAAUAUUCUUGCCCGAAAAGUCAAUAAUCAACUUAGUGAUUUUGUAUACAAAGAUGAUCUCAACUGGCUCAAAGGCAUUGGCUGUUUUGUUUGGGACACUCCUGAAAUUCUUCAUGCUAAACAUGCCUAUGACCUUCGCAAUCUCCUCAAAUACAGGGCGGAGGCAGAGAAAAUGAAGAGCAAAUAUUCCGUAGUCACACACACACCUCUCUAUGAUCAAAAUGUGCUCAGUGGCAAGAAUCUGAGUGAAGCUGUUUACCGCCAUAAUUAUGUGCAUCAUAUCAAAGGGAAAUAUACACCAACAAAUAAGACAGUGGAUCUGGAGCGGGCAAAUCGGGCUUACAAGAUACAGAGUGAACUGAAAUACACAAAACAAGGGAAGGACAAUUUACCGAACUAUGGUGUGGUUAUGGACACUCCAGUUUAUGUAACUGCCGUUCAGAGUGGUCACAAUGCUAGUGAGCUGAGAUAUAAAGAACAAUACCAUAAAACAAAGGACAAAUAUACCACAGUAUUGAAAACAGCAGAUCAUGACAGGAUCCAGAAUCUCAAGCACCUCUUUAGUAAUAGAAUGUAUCGGGAGGUGUAUCAUAAAAAUAAAGAUAAGAUUCAUACUACACCUGAUACUCCACACAUUCGCCAAGUGAAAAUGAACCAAGAAGCUUUCAGUGAUCUUAUCUACAAGACUGAUUUCUUCAAGAUGCAAGGACACUUGAUUUCCUUACCGUUUACUCCACAAACUGUACACAACCGUUAUGUUGGAGAAAUUACAAGUGAUAUUAAAUACAAAAGUGAUCUGCAAUGGCUCAAAGGUCUGGGCUGCUUCCUGUAUGAUACUCCGGAUAUGGUCCGUGCACGGCAUUUACGCAAACUGUGGUCUCAUUAUGUGUACACUGAUGCUGCAAAGAAAGUUAGAGACAAAUACUCUGUGGUUCUGGACACUCCUGUUUAUAGAAAAGACCAGGAGCUAAAGACCCAUCUUAGUGAGAUUGUAUACAGAGCUGCAGGUAAAGAGCAAAAGACUAAGUACACAUCAAUCCUUGAUACACCAGAUAUCAAUAGAGCCAAAAGGGGACAAAAACUGCAGAGCCAGUACUUGUAUGUUGAACUCGCCACCAAGGAAAGACCACAUCACCAUGCUGGAGACCAGACACCUGCCUUAAAACUUGCUAAGCAUGUGAAGGACUUUGCCAGUGAGAAAAAAUACAGAUCACUCUAUGACAAACUAAAGGAUAAAUAUGUAACAGUCCCAGAUACACCAAUCCUCAUCAGAGCUAAGAAGGCUUAUCUGAAUGCCAGUGAUCUGCGCUACAAAGAAACAUUUGAGCGAGCAAAGGGUAAAUACCACACUGUAAAGGAUGCCUUAGAUAUUGUCUAUCACCGCAAAGUCACUGAUGAUAUCAGCAAAGUGAAAUAUAAAGAAAAGUACAUGAGUGAAUUAGGAUUUUGGAGAUCUAUUCCAGACCGGCCAGAACACUACCACCAUCGUGCAGUCACCGAUGCAGUUAGUACUGUUAAAUAUAAGGAAGAUUUAACAUGGCUCAAAGGCAUUGGAUGCUACGCAUGGGAUACUCCUGAUUUUGUCCUCGCAGGAAAGAAUAAAGCUCUCUAUAGUCCAUAUAAGUACAAGGAAAUAAAUGAAAAGACAAAAUCCAAGUUCAAUCAUGUUGUGGACACACCAAUUAACAGACAUUUUAAACAUGCUACUCGGUUGAUGGAUGCGAAAUUGUACAAAUCAGAGUAUGAGAAGAAGAAGGAUAAGUAUUCCUUGGUGGUGGAUGAUCCUAAAACCUUGCUGGCCAAAUGGGGAGGAGAGUUAAGCAGUCAGAAUAAAUAUAAGUCUAGUGCCAAGUUGUUCCUACAACGGGGGUGCAAUGAAAUUCUGCGACCAGAUAUGCUGACAGCAUUGUACAACACAUAUCAGUGGAGUCAGUACAAGUACAAAAGGCUGUAUGAAAAGCAGAAGGACAAAUUUACGAGUAUUGUGGAUACUCCAGAACAUCUGAGGACUACCAAAGUCAACAAGCUAAUCAGUGAUAUUCUUUAUAAACUGGAAUUCCAGAAAGCCAAACCAAAGGGCUAUACCAGCAUUCACGAUACUCCCAUGAUUCUCCAUGUACGGAAGGUCAUGGACAGAAUAAGUGAACUGAAAUAUAAAGAACUCUAUGAGCAGAACAAAUCUCACUGCAAUGUGGUAUCAGAUUCAGUUCACAUUAAAGCUGCUAAGCAGGCUUACAAAGUGAAUAGCAAUCUGGAUUACAAGAAGAAAUAUGAAGCAACCAAAGCUCACUGGCACUGGACCAUGGAUAGGCCUGACUUUAUCCAAGCCGCUAAGACAUCCUUGCAACAGAGUGAUUACGAAUACAAGCUUGACCGAGAAUACCUCAAAGGAUGCAAGUUGUCUGUAACAGAUGACAAAAACACAGUGUUGGCAUUGCAGAAUGCAAUCUUGUCAAGUGAUUUAAAAUAUAAAGAGAAGCACAACAAGGAACGGGGAAGCAUCCUUGCUGUUCCAGACACUCCCCAGAUCCUUCUUGCCAAGAUGGUUAGCUCUCUUGUGUCUGAGAACAAAUACAAAGAACAUGUGAAGAAACACCUCCCACAUGGUUCUUUCACAACAUUGCCAGAAACACGGGAUACUGUUCAUGUCAAAAAAGUCACCAGUAAUGUUAGUGAGACAAAUUAUAAAAAGAAAUUUCAAAAACAAAAAGGCAAGUCAGAUUAUUCUGUCAUGGUGGAACCUCCUGAUGUGAAGCACGCCAUGGAUGUGACAAAGAAACAGAGUAUUAUUGGAUAUAAAAAAGAUGCCAAAUCACAGCUCCAUUAUACCAGUGUGGCAGAUCGACCCGAUAUUAUGAAGGCCACGCAAGUCUCCCAUUUAGUCAGCGAUAUUGAAUACAAAGGCAAAAGUCGCAAAGAUGCUGGAGUAGGAGUCACCAUGCUUGGACGUCCAGAUAUUGAACUUGCCAAAGAAGUGUCCAAACUAACCAGCCAGAUCAAGUACAAAGAAAGGUUUGAUAAAGAAAAAGGAAAGAAGCCUCAAUACGAUCUGAAGGAGAGCAAGAUCUACAAGAGCUUGAAAGAUGCUCACCACAUUGCAAGUGAUGUUAAAUAUAAGGCAGAUCUGAAGAAACUUCACAAGCCGGUGACCGAUAUGUCUGAAUCGCUUGCGAUGAAUCAUGUUUUGAACACCAGCCACCUUGCCAGCACUUACCAGUACAAGAAGCAGUAUGAGAGGAAUAAAGGUCACUACCAUGUGGUUCCAGAUAACCUUGAACAGGUCCAUCUAAAGGACGCCACAGAACUUCAGAGCAUAGUGAAAUACAAGGAAAAAUAUGAAAAAGAAAGAGGAAAACCCAUGCUGGAUUUUGAAACACCUACAUAUAUCACUGCUAAAGAAUCCCAACACAUGCAGAGUGAGAAAGAAUAUAAGAAAGAUUAUGAAGAGUCCAUUAAGGGCCGGAAUCUUAUGGGUUUGGAGGUUACACCAUCUUCACUGCAUGUCAAAUAUGCUACUAAAAUAGGAAAUGAGAAAGAAUACAGGAGAGAUUUAGAAGAAGGUGUAAAAGGCAAAGGCCUAACUCUUCUAGAAGAGACACCAGAUUUGCUUAGAGCAAAGAAUGCAACCUAUAUCUUGAAUGAGAAAGAAUACAGGAGAGCUCUGGAGAUGGAAAUGAAAGGAAGGGGACUAACAGAUCUUGCAUUGGAGACACCUGAUUAUAUGAGGGCAAAGAAUGCCACAGAUAUUGCUAGUGAGUUUAAAUAUAAGCACUCUGCAGAAAUGGAAAAAGCCAAUUAUACCACAGUUGUUGACACUCCAGAAAUCAUCCAUGCACAUCAUGUGAAGAACUUUUCCAGUAAGAAAAAGUAUAAGGAGGAUGCAGAGAAAACCAUGCCCUACUAUGUGUCUGUGCUAGAGACUCCAGAAAAUCAGCGGGUCCGAGAAAAUCAAAAGAAUUUUAGCAUGCUUCAGUAUCAACAUGAUCUGCAGGACAGUAAAGGAAAGGUCACUGUUGUAAAUGAAACACCAGAAAUAUUACGAGUAAAAGAAAACCAGAAAAAUUUCAGCUCGGUUUUAUAUAAAGAUACCAUUGGAACAGGAACAGCAAUUGAAAAAACACCAGAGACACAGAGAAUUAGAAAAACCACAGAUGCCAUUAGCACGAUUAAGUACAAGGAGCACAUUGGCCAAGGAACUCCCAUUUCUGACCUUCCUGAAGUAAAACGGGUCAAGGAGACGCAGAAACACAUCAGCUCGGUGUCUUACAAAGAACAGGUGGGCACAGGAAUGGCAACUCCUGUUACACCAGAAAUGGAGCGAGUCAGACGUAAUCAGGAGAACAUUAGCUCGGUAUUAUACAAAGAGAAUUUAGGGUCUGGAACUCCAACAACUAUUACUCCAGAGUUGGAGAGAGUCAGACGCAAUCAAGAAAUCUAUAGCUCGGUCCUAUACAGAGAAAACCUAGGGACAGGCACCCCAACUCCUGUCACUCCUGAGAUGGAGAGAGUCAAACACAACCAAGAAAUCAUUAGCUCGGUGUUGUACAAAGAGAAUGUAGGGAAAGCAACUCCAACUUCUGUCACUCCAGAGAUGGAGAGAGUGAGACGCAAUCAAGAACACAUUAGCUCGGUGUUGUACAAAGAGGACAUAGGGAAAGGAACUUCCGUACCCAUCACUCCAGAGAUGGAAAGAGUUAAAUGCAAUCAAGAAUACAUUAGCUCGGUUGCAUACAAAGAAGAUGUAGGGAAAGGAAUCCCUACACCUGUCACUCCAGAGAUGGAGAGAGUUAAACGCAAUCAAGAACACAUUAGCUCGGUCUUAUACAAAGAGGGACUGGGAAAAGGUACCCCGAUACCUGUCACUCCUGAGAUAGAGAGAAUCAAACGCAAUCAAGAACACAUUAGCUCGGUGUUGUACAAAGAUGACAUAGGGAAAGGAACUCCUACCCCUGUCACUCCAGAGAUGGAGAGAGUCAAACGCAACCAAGAACAUAUUAGCUCGGUUUUGUACAAAGAGGGAUUGGGGAAAGGUACCCCGAUACCUAUCACUCCUGACAUGGAGAGAGCGAAGCGCAAUCAAGAGUUCAUUAGCUCGGUUCUCUACAAAGAAAAUUUGGGGCAAGCAACCCCAACACCAGUUACUCCUGAGAUGGAAAGAGCCAAACGCAAUCAAGAAAACAUUAGCUUGGUUAUGUACAAAGAGAGCCUGGGAAAAGGAACCCCAACUUCUAUCACUCCAGAGAUGGAGAGGGCCAAACGCAAUCAAGAAAACAUCAGCUCGAUCCUCUAUUCGGAUAGCUUCCGGAAGCAAGUACAAGGUAAAGCACCUUUUAUCCUGGAUACCCCUGAAAUGAGGCGUGUUCGGGAGACACAACGGCACAUUUCCACAGUGAAAUACCAUGAAGACUUUGAAAAGACCAAAGGUAGUUUCACACCUGUUGUCACAGAUCCCAUAACAGAACGUGUAAAGAAGAAUAUGCAAGACUUCAGUGACAUUAACUAUAGGGGCAUUCAGAGAAGAGUUGUAGAAAUGGAGCAGAGACGAAUAGGUCAGGAUCAAGAAGUGAAUAACCUAACAGGCCUUCGGGUAUGGCGAACCAAUCCUGGAUCAGUCUUUGACUAUGACCCAGCAGAAGAUAACAUUCAGUCGAGAAGCUUACACUUGCUGGCAGUUCAAGCCCAGCGACGUAGCCGAGAGCAUUCACGUUCCGCCAGUGCAGUCAGUCUCAGUGGCGGGGAUGAAAAAUCUGAGCAUUCAGAGGCUGCUGAUCAACAUUUGUCGUAUUACAGCAAUGGAGGCUACUUUCCUACAACUGCCACAGUGGAUUACAAACAUGCCAAAACUGUAGAGCUGCCACAACAAAGAUCAUCUUCUGUUGCGACCCAACAAACUACAGUAUCUUCCAUACCCUCUCAUCCAUCUACUGCAGGGAAGACUUAUCGUGCUAUGUAUGACUACAUAGCAGCAGAUGCUGAUGAAGUCUCUUUCAAAGAUGGUGAUGCAAUUGUCAACGUCCAAGCCAUCGAUGAAGGAUGGAUGUAUGGGACUGUGCAAAGAACAGGCAAAACAGGCAUGCUUCCAGCCAACUAUGUAGAAGCAGUUUAA